GCAACAUGACCCUGCAAUGCACCACGUCAGCGGGACACUGGAAGAUUGUGGUGUGGGAUGAGGAGGGCUUCCAGGGCCAGUGGCAUGAGUUCUCCACUGAGUGCCCCAGCAUGCUGGAAUUUGGCUUUGAGACUGUGCGGUCUUUGAAAGUGCUGAGUGGCGCGUGGGUGGGCUUUGAGCACGCUGGCUUCCAAGGGCAGCAAUACGUGCUGGAGCAAGGCGAGUACCCACGCUGGGAUGCCUGGAGCGGCAACAUGGCCUGCCCUGCUGUCAGGCUCACCUCCUUCCGGCCUAUGGCCUGUGCUAACCACCGUGAUUCUAGGCUGACCAUCUUCGAGCAAGAGAACUUUCUGGGCACGAAAGGAGAGCUGAGUGAUGACUACCCCUCUCUCCAGGCCAUGGGCUGGGACAGCAAUGAAGUGGGCUCCUUCCGUGUCCAAUCUGGGGCUUGGGUUUGCUCCCAGUUUCCUGGCUACCGAGGUUUUCAGUACAUGCUGGAGAGUGAUCACCACUCGGGCGACUACAAGCAUUUCCGGGAGUGGGGCUCUCAUGCCCAGACCGUCCAGGUGCAGAGUGUCCGCAGGAUCCAGCAGUGA